AUGCCACAGAUAGGGGUGCGAUUGCUGCUUGCGUUGUCGGCAGCCCAUCAUGGAAGCGGCUGGCUCUUCGAGCGGGGCAAUGUGACUGGGCGACCCGAGGAAUCUCCUAGGGCUGACGGAGCCUCUUCUCGCUGGGCACAGCUUCGCGAUUGGGCGGAUGAACGCCUCCCUAGUGGCGAGGAUCUGCGGGGUCUUUGGGCCGCCUGGUUCGAAGGGCCAGGAGGUGAUCCGCCGGGGCCUCGCUCUUGGUCGUGGGACAGCGGUUUGUGCAUGGUCCUCGACACCCUUGUGAGUUGCAUCGGCUGGGCUUUGUUUGGAAGUGCAUGGCCCAAUGUUCGAACAGGCUGCCAAAGGGCCUUCAGGCUUGUGAUGCUGAUGCUGCUGUGCCUUGGGGCACACUACCUCUGGGCCCUGUGCUGGCCUGUCAUUUCGCUCGUGACCUUCAUCGUGAUGUGUGUCGUCUGGACUGUCCGGGUGUCGGUUCGAAAGAUCGGGACACUCGUCUACUGGGCUCAGCGGGCUGCUGGUGGGGUUCCCGAAGCUGCCGGGGCCGACUUCAUCGGACCAGGUACCGGGAGAAUCCCUGAAACUGCUGACCUCCGCCUGUUCAAGUCCACAGCGGGCGGCGACAAGUGGGCUUUGGUUCGAAGAGAAGGGCACGUGGCAGUCUUCAAGGUGGGCUCGGAAAAUCAAACGAAUCGCUCGCCAGGGCUCUUCGUCCCAGUGGAGGCAGACACGCUCCGAGGCAGCCCGGUGUUGAUUGACGCUUGCAAGGGUGUGGACAAGGUCCAUCUGUGCAGGCACCUGGUGUGCACCGAGGAGGGCCAGCACUUCAAGGAGUAUGCCGUGGCCCGCGACUUCGACCCGGAGAAGUUCCACCUGAAGAACGCGGAGUUAGAGGCGACGAGGGCUGGUCGGACCUUGUGGGCAUGGUUUUGGUCGUCGGGGAUUAAGGCGCCGAGGCCUCCUCAGAAGGAGUUCGGGUCCGAGUCCGAGACCGAGGAUAAACCCUGUGGGGCGGUGCGCGUCAAGUGGUCGGACCGUGACGGAGAUCAUUCCUUGGCGGCCUCGUUGUGUAAGGGCUCCGGAACUCACUUUUGUGCGCUCUUGGCUGAGGACCAGUUCGAUGAGGUGGGGGGUGUCUCCUUGUGUGCUCAACAUGCUCUUGAGUACGAACGCCGGAGACGCCCGCAGCGGUGCUUCGCCUCCGGGUGCAACCACGUUGGCAUCGAGGAUGAGGAGGGGCUGCGACGAUGCCGUCAUCACCCUGCCUCGAAGCGAGCAGCAGUUCGCCGGAAGUCUCCGGCUCGUUCUGUGGCAGCAGCUGACGGUGACGAUCCUGAAGAACCUGAGCUUCCACCUCGAGGUAACCCUCAGCCCCGGGAGAUUAAGCGCCUCUUGGACGAGAUUCGGUCGGAGAUGGGAGAGGUCAAGCGCGCUCGGGAGAAGUCCCCAGGCGGUACACCCAAGUCGAGCAUCCAGCGAAACCUCGCCCGCCUUGGCCUACUCGAUUCCCCUGUUCAGGACCAUCCGUUGCCAAUCCUGGAGGAGUUCUUCAACCAGUACGCGGAAGGCAGGAGUGCCGGGGUUUCGGAGGAGGAGGUUAGAGCCAACCUCGCCAUGGAGCGUGGUAUGUCGGUGAAAGAGAUCACUCAGGCCCUUCUGAAGCAGGCGAUCGACGAGAAGGCCAAGGGGCAGAAGGGCUUGUCUAAGUUUGUGAGCAUUUGGCAACGGCCGUCCACUCGGGGGUCCUCGCCGUCUAGUGUGACACGUGGCAGCUCUGUUCUUUCAUGGGAGGUAGUGGAUUCUCCAGACCGCGCGGGCCCUGUCACGCCGGAGCGUGCACCUCAGCCCCUUCGUAUCGGGAACCCCAGCAUCUUUGGUGUCGACGACCGCAAGGCCGGGGCCACCGAAGGGCCAAACUCCAUGGAGUCCAUCGCGAAGGCCAUCCAGUCUCAGUCCGCCGAGAUAGAGUUGGUGUUCAUUCUUCGCGCCUGCAACCAGUACCAGGUCACGGUCGGGGCCGGAGAGCAGGGGCAAGCUUUGGCCAACGCAUUGCUAUCAGCACAGGUGGGAGCGUCGACCAAGCUCCGCAAGGCCGGCUUCAAGCAGAAAGUUACCCCUCGCUUGGCAAUCGGCCUUGCAGGGCCCUACUGGGGGACCGCGGAGAAAUACUCGCUGGCGGCCGCGGAUUUUGUCGCCAACACCGACGCGGAGCUCGACGCCUAUGUCCUGGAGGUGCGUGCGGGAAAGGGUGGGAGUGACCAACGCCCGCCCCCACCUACGAGGCUAGAGGACUGGGAAGGCCGUGUCCGGCGGCAGAAUGAUGUGUGGGCUCUGCUGUACGGGGCUGAGUGGAAACCAGUUCGAAACCAUGCCCUUGAGCUCCUGCUGGAAUGGCACCAGGGCGAGCCCCACAAGUGGCCCCUCACCGUGAUCAUGGAGGUCUGGGAAGAGCUUCACUGGCGGUUCUUCGAGGAGCUCAAAGAGAUUUUGAGGUUGCUCAAGAAGGAGGCGGGCCGCGAGACCAUGUCGUUGCAGGACCUGAAGUUCCACGCUUUGUUGCCCAACGCGAGUGGGGUGGCCUGGUUGGAGUUGCCUCGCACUUUUGAUCUCCGUCGGCCUGAUGGUUGGUUCAUGUCUGAGGUUCUCCCCCGCAUCGAACGGCGGCAGGAGAGGAUGCUGUGGCGAUUGACGUGGGAAGGUGGCCGUGGGGGCAAACCAGCAUCAGCUCAUGCAGGCGGGGAUUCGCGUCCCGAGCCGGCCUCCAAACCCAGUCUUCGGGGUCUGUGGGGACCAAAGUUGACGGUCGAAGAGGUCAACCGUGCCAAGGACCGCGCGCCCCUGGACAAGGACGGUGUGCUGCAGUUGUGUUGGGGAGCGCUCACCCACAUGGGCUGCUCCAAUGCAUCAUGCCAGCGAUCUCAUUCCGACCUGCAGGGAAAGUUCGAGACCCUGGAGCCGUGUUUGCAGAUGCAGUUGUUGCGCCGUGGAGGUUUGCGGAGAAUGCGAGCGGAGACCAAAGAGAGCGUGACGGAGAAGAUCAAGGCUUUGAGGGCCGCCGUUGCAAAGGACCGGGCGAGCAAGGUCAGUGAUGGGCGGAAAUCCGGGCAGCCAGCUGAUGAGGGGGCCCCCGCCAGCACACGAGCAGGUGGUGAUGCGGUUCGUUUUGCGGAGGUCCCGGAGGAGUUCGACGUCGUUGACUUCACCGUCGCGGAGGAGGAGUUGCGCGAGGCCUUGAAAGGGCCGGAUGCUGGGUGGCUUGAGUGUCCGCCAUCGGGGGCGAAGGUUCUGGACGCUGCGUCCGGAGAGUCAGCACCUCAGCAGGCGCAUGACUUUGUGGAGCAGGCGAAGGAGAUGAUCCAGGGCCCGGUGUUGGGCCACCUAAAGGAGGCUUCCGAUGAUCUGUUCGCUUGGGCCGCCUCGCGAGUCGCCAAGAACCCGCAGGCGAGCCUCGAGGAGGUCCUGGGUGAUAUGGCGAUUUAUGGGCUGGGCGACCUCGCGGCGGAGGCGUCUCGCAUCUUGGAGGCGAGGUGUGAACACCGUGCUGGCUCAGCCGGGGGCAUCAUUGUGACGGAUGUGGUCUGGGAGCCCGGCCAACCCGGGCGGGGCUCAGCUGUCGUCGAGGGCGCCACUUGGACCAUCUGGGACUACAAGGAGGAGGUCUUCAUGUCGGAGGAGAUGGCUUCGAUGUUGCGACAGCCUGAGGAGGGCCUCGAGAAGCGGCAGUGUGUGACGAAGGCUGUCGCUGCGGGGAUCAUGUGGCGUGAGCUGGCUAGACGCCCUACCGUCGCGGAAGUCGACGCAAAGGCCUUGGAGCUGCGUCUGGAGCAGACGCGUCAGGCCCUGGAGGCCCAGGCGACCAUGGGCGAGCCCGCCCUCAAGGUGGCACCGAUCGAGGCGGAGAUCCGGGUCUACACCCACGACAUCGUCCGCGCCAGCCACGACAAGGACUUUCGCUCAUUGGCGGUAUUCCCGUUGCAGGACUUGGAGGACUGCAAGAUGGUCGUGAUCCGGGCGGACUACAAGGGUGAUGUCGUCGUGGAGACAGUCACUGGGCCACUGUGGCAGGCCAAUGGUUGGGUCCUGUGGACCUUGAUAUGGCGAGAUGUGGCGGUUUUUCUUGAUCGGUGGCAGCCCUAUGAUACGCCCGCUCUGGGUUUUCUGUUCUUCUGGCACUCCCGGCACGACCAGGAGCCGACAGCCGUGGGGAGUGUUUCUUGCCGGUUGUGCAAGGGGCGCAAGGCAGGGGAUGCGUUGGGCUGCAUCCGUGCCGGUGCUCAGCCUGUCCUGCAUCCUGUCCCACUUCGAGGCUCCCAGCUGUGUCUGCAGGAGGUCUUUGCGGGUUUUGGGGACAUGACACGGGCGUGGGCAGCUGCGGGGCUCCACGUCUUGUCGCCGAUCGAGGUCUAUGCCGACCCCGCUACCAAGUCCGGCUACCGCGCCGAGUGUGAUGUGGCACGCCCUGAGGUCCAAAAGCAGCUCCUCUACUCUGCGAAGGACGGUGCCGCCAAUGUGUGGUGGCUGGCUCCACCCUGCACCAGUUUCUGUGAUUGGGGUUUGGAGAAUGGGGGUACUCGCACGUUCCAAGUGCCCACGGGUGGUGCAAAUCACUGCCCUCCUACAGACGUGGAGGUCCUGGGGAACAUGCUGAGCAAGGUCGCUGCGGAGAUUUUCUUGCAAGUGCUGCGUGGCGAUGGGUUCCCGGUUGCGGAGUCGACCGCCCGUUCUGGGCGCUACCCCAAAAUGUGGGACCUGCCGUGGUGGAAAGCAAUCUUGGCACGCCCGGACGUGCAGUUCGUGGAGUUUCCAAUGUGUGCUUUUGGAUUGGGGCCCGAGGGCGAGGACGGCUUCUACCAUCACCGCACCCGCAUCGUCUUUCGCAAGAAUGAGGCUUUUGCGCGGGCUCUGUCCCGCCGGUGCCCUGGGGUGGGAGCAGCUCACCUUCAUGCGGGGCGGUAUUGCCCGGAGUUUGUGCGCACGGUUGUGUCUACUCUUCAGCAGGUGUUGGUUCUGCGGGGGGGGAGGACAUGGCACAUCGGGGAGAUGGUUCCCCUGCUGGGCGGCUUGGGCAGCUACGCGGGGUGGCUCGAGGAGCUCGAUGGCGAUGAUGAUCUCUUCACUUGCGGGGACCUGCCUACCGCUGGGGUGCUUUGUCCUGGCGUUUGGGAUGAAACCAGGGCGGGCAGUGCAGAAUACCGGGCACCGUCGGCUCAGGCGAGGGCCAAGGCCGAGCAGUACAUCGAGCUCGCACAUGCUGGGGGUCCUGGAGAGCCAGAGGCUUGGGCAAAGCUGUGCGAACGUGGCGGUGAGCUCGUCAAGCAGGCGGGCUCCGUUCGACUUGCAGCGGAGAGCUUGUGGCAGGUUCGCGAGGAGUCCGGGCUCAAUCAUCUACGGAAUGUCGAUGACCCCUACCUGGACACCGUCUUGCAUCCGGACCUCCUGGAGUACCUGCGGGAUGUGCGGAGACGGGGCCUUGCUGCGAGGUUUGUCGGUGAGCGCCAACGCUGUCAGGCGAAGAUCCACCCCAACGGGCGACGCAAUCUCGCUCAGGUGUAUCGCCAGAUUUGGAAGGACGUCUGUAAGCUGAGGGUGUUGGUCGUUCCUGCUGCGCUGGAGGAGUUGGGCCCGGUCAUCUCGAGCCCCUUCGACGCCGUCGACAAGAUGCUCCCGGACCGCUCGGUGGCACCCGACAAGAGGAUCGUCCACGACCAACGCGUGAUCAAUUGUGGGACCGACAAGGAGUGGCACCCGCCGGCGAUCCAACCCAAGCACGAGCAGGUGGCGCGGCUUGUGUUGAGAGCUAAGGCGCACCUGCCGGGGACUGACAUCUUCAUGAGCAAGAAGGACGUGGCAGGGGCAUUCCGCCUGCUUUGGGUUGAUCCGAAUGAUGCGGACCUCUUCGCCGGCGACCUUCCGUGGGUUCCUGAGGAAAUGGAAGGGGGCAAGCAGGGGGACGAUGGUAUGGAGAUGACGGUCGUCUACCUCGUCCUUCGGCUUUUCGGGAUCCCCCGGCGAGUGGACAGUGUGGGUUGGGCCUUUGAGAGCCGGAUCCUGGUUGAUGACAACGUGCUGGUGGAGCCAUGGAUUGGCCUGAGGCCUUGGGUCGCUGGCGAGGUUUAUGAGGCCGGGGUCAAGAUGCUACUGGGCGAGGCGGCCGUGAACCGCGAGAAGGACUUGGUGGAGGGGCCCUUCCGCACUUUCCAAACUGUGUGGGGCCUGGACAUGGAUACCGCGACGGAGGAGGUCCACCUGCCUGAGCGCCGCAUCCUGAAAGGGGCCCACUUGCUGAGCGAUGCAGCCUUUGAGUACGGGAGCAAGGACAUCACGGUCAGAGCGGUGCAGAGGUUCAGGGGCAUCACCACCGGCUGGACGGUCAUCGUCCGGGGCCUCCGGAACGAACUGAAGGCAGCCGACCGGUUUUUGGGCGCCGAGCGGGAGGGUGGAGCGAAAGUUCAGCCGAAGCUCUCGAGUCCAGGUGAUGCGGAGGAGGAAGAUGAGGCUUGGGAGCUCUUUGAGGAGGUGCGCUGGCUGUGUGCGCGGCCGGAGACAUGGGCCACCAAGUUCGGGGCUGGGAUGCGUGAGCUUCUCCCAGUGCGGGAGCGUUUGGCGCUCAGUGGCGAGUGGGAUGCCGGGACUGUCUUUGUGUCAUCGGAUGCCACCAAGCUCAAGAUCGCGGCCAUCGACUGGACCAAUGGCGUCGUGAUGAGGAUGGCUGCGGCUGAUGCGGCCACGUGGGUACAGAGGUGCCAGGGCGACGACGAGGUGGCGAUCCAUGUUGCGGAGAUGCUGUCUUUCCUCUCCUUCGCCUGCCAUGUGGGCCCGAAGUGGAAGGCUGGGACUCGCGUGGGGCGCCUCCUCGUCCGCAUCGCGAACCUCCUGGAAAUGCGGUACCGCUUCGUUCUGCUCCCGGCAUGGUGGCGCACAUAUCACAACGUGCAUGCCGACUUGUUGACGAGGUGCACCGACGAGGAGUUUGCCGACCUCGUCAAGGAGCGGGGCUGGAGCGUAGUUGAUGUUCAAGCCGCGCUACGCCAGGCUGUGAUUGACUCCGAGCGUUUCGGGCCAUGUCUGUUGGCCUGGGGAGAUGAAGACCGUCAGGUGCUAAUGCAGUUGAAGGAGCGAAGAUUGUGUCGUGCCAUUCCGCACGCUCUUCAGCCGCGUUGGGAGAACCUCCGGUUCGUUGAGCUAUGCGGACCGACCCGACGGGUCACCGACUUCCUUGAGGCGAUCCAGGCUGCCGGGGGCAUGGGGCGACGGUGCACUUUGCAUGGUCCCAUCGAGGAGGGCGAGAUCGCACUGGCCUCACUCCCGCCGGAUCGUCACGGGCAUGCCAUCGGCGCGAUCGUGAAGGCCUGUGUGCAGGGACCCGCGGGUCUCGUUGUGAUCGAGGGGCCCAGAGGUGUGAAGUGGACUUCGGGCAUCCAUCUGCUUGAGGCUGCCGGGUGGAACUAUGAGGUCGCCGAGUUUGUCACGACGGAGUUUGGGGAGGUCGCUGCUAGACGACGGACGUGUGUGACAGCUUCGCCCCACCGGAAAGUCGAGGGGGCGUUGUGUGCAACAACGAGCCGGGGCGUUUUGGGCCCCCCCAUGAGUUCGGCUAUUCGACCUACGCGAUGUGUCCCACCGGUGUGCUGGCUGAAGCCGGAGCGGGUGAUCAUUGAUGCCGGAAUUCCUCGCGAGCCUCUCCUCCCUUUCUUGAAGGGACAUUUCUGGAAUGAGGGCAAGCGCUUCAAUCUGGUGAGCACGGGAGGCCCGCUUCGUUGGCCACUCCGGGACGGCUCGGGGGUGCAGGAGAGUGUUGUUUGGGAUCCAAGGGGUCCACCUGGAGUGCGCGUGCUGGAGCCAGCUGAGGUCUGGGCGUGCCAGGGUCGCACACGUGAAACGUGGGACCAUCUUCGAGGCGAAGGGUUGGAGCCGGAGGAGAUCCUCGUUGAGGGUGCCCGCGCGACUGGGGGCCACACCGCGGCGGCCUUGUGCCUCAUGACGGCCUAUGUGAUGAACGAUGGCACGAAGGCUGGUAGCGUUCGUGACCUCCUCGAUGACGAGAACCUCAACAAGUUGCUGGGAUGGCUGCGGAAAUGGAAGCGGGGCUUGUUUCGGUUCGCGGUGCAGAUCGAGCUCUACGGUGCCAUCAACUUCGAGCCCAACCUGUACCCCGAGGCAGUCUGGAGCUGGGGCGAGGCCAUGUGGUUGUCAGACUCGAGCGAUGAUGACGGGGGCGAGUGCGUUUGGAGCUCUGCGCGAGCGGCAGGGCGCAGGGCAACUCGACGUGGCAAGGCUGUCGAAGCCGUGGGCGAGGCCCAGAUUCGGGAUGAUGGCUUCGAUACGAGGCCUUUCGAUGGGGGCAUCGGGGCGAUGAUCGAUGAGUGGAUCGAGGACAACCUGUGCGGAUACCUGGCGGAGAGCAUGACCAAGCAGUAUGCGGGCGUCUACGCCAAGUGGAAGGCAUGGGCGAGGAGGCAGGGCUGGCCUACCGAGUUUCUGGACAAGGCCCUUGCCACCGAGGGCAAUGAGAACAAGCUGCUGGGCUUCCUCGGGUACUUGGGAUGGCUGGGCGCAUCACCCGCGACGCUCAAGCAGGCCGUCUUCGCCAUCAAGGACGGCCACAAAAGGGGGGGACAGGGCGACCCCACCGACAAGAUGUUCCGGCUGUGGAUGCUGCUGGGGGCCUUGGAUCGCAAGACGCCGAAGAGCCCUCGACGCCUGGGCGUCACACCCGAAAUGCUCAAGUGGAUCGAUCAGGCCUUCGCCACCAACGAGUCCAGCAGUGCGCAGGAGAAGUUUGAUGCCGCCAUGAUCAAGGCGGCGGUGCUGGUGGCGUGGUUCUUCAUGCUACGUGCAAAGGAGUACUGCGAAUCGAACGGCAUCGACUACGCCAUGAUCCUGCGGGGUGCCGACCUUAAGUUCCUCGACGCGAUCACCGAAGAGGGGCUCAAAGGCGUCACGAUGCAGUUCAGGAAGACCAAGACUGACCAGGAGGCCUACGGGACGUGCAAAACUAUGUACGAGUCUGGGGUCAAAGGGGUCUGCGUGGUCACCGCGCUCGAGGAGUACAAGCGCAUUGCACCUCAGCGUUUCGACUGUGGAUCCGAGGCUCUUCAGCCUUUGUUUCGGUGGGCAAAUGGACAGGUCUUGAAGCGCACCCAGAUGCAAGACUUGCUGCAGCGAGCAGCAAAAGGCAUUGGGCUCCCGCCUGAGCGGUUCAGAUCUCACUCUUUGAGAAUCGGGGGCGCUUCGGCCUUGUUUCAGGCCACCGGGGAGAUUGAGCUUGUCAAGCGGACGGGCCGAUGGUCGUCGUCCGCGGUUCAGAAAUACCUCCACGACGGUGAGACUGCGUUGAAGGCUGCCGCCUCCAAGAUGGCCCGUGUGGAACAGAAGAUUCACUACACUUGA